GCGGGCGAUAACAUCCAAAAUGGCGGAGCCCAGUAGUUACAUCGAAGUUCCGCUAAGUAACUUGGAAUUGUUGCGAUGGAAGGAACUUACUGUGCAUACAGAAGCUCCACAGAGUGUGCUAAAAGACAUCAAAGUAGUGGAAAGUGCUGGUGGCUAUGGUUACAAAGACAGUGCCAAAAUAAAUACGCCAUCUAGUAACCGUUUCAUUUACUGGCAUAACAACCAAGAUGUAAUAGAGCUUAUAGAAUUAUCUCUGGAUCAAAUCUAUCUGGCAAUGCUGUGCGUCUACAGUUUCCUGACUCACAAGUUUUGCCUGGAAUCACAGUACAUGAGAGCCGUACCAAUGUGAUCAUCUUAGUAGCUACUGUUUGCAGCGUACAUCGAUUGGUAUUCCCACA